CGAGCCCGACUUCCCCUCUCCACUUGUGUUUUUUGUUUUGGAAUAUUUGACAUAUUUGACAUUCCCCGCCGUCUUUUCUCCACAUUUCACCCACGCAAGCAUGAGUUGUGAAGGAGACGGCGAUGACGGAAGUUACGGUAAACGGAAGGUCGCGUAUGUUUUUAGUCAGGAAUACAUUGAAACUUGUGACUCUUUAUCCAAAGUGCCAAACCGGGCGAGUAUGGUCCACUCACUGAUAGAAGCCUAUGGACUCCUCAAAGAUAUGAGCACUGUGAAGCCACAGGUGGCCACCAUAGAGGACAUGGGUCAGUUCCACUCGGACUUCUACCUGGAGCAUCUUCACAAGAUCAGCCAGGACGGAGACAACGAUGACCCCCAUUCGGCCGACUACGGCCUUGGUUACGACUGUCCAGUGGUGGAGGGCAUAUUUGACUACGCAGCGGCAGUAGGGGGCGCUACGCUCACUGCCGCCCAGUGCCUGCUGGACCAAACGUGCCACGUGGCCAUCAACUGGGCCGGGGGGUGGCACCAUGCCAAGAAGGACCAGGCGUCGGGCUUCUGCUACGUCAACGAUGCCGUGUUGGGAAUUCUCAAGCUGCGGGAAAAAUACGACAGAGUCCUUUACGUGGACGUGGACCUGCAUCACGGAGACGGUGUGGAGGAAGCCUUCAACUUCACGUCCAAAGUCAUGACGGUGUCCCUGCACAAGUUCUCCCCUGGCUUUUUCCCAGGUACGGGCGAUGUCACUAAUAUCGGCUUGUGCAGAGGCCGCUGGUACACGGUCAACGUCCCGCUGGAGGACGGCAUCCGAGACGACAGAUAUUACCAAGUCUUCACCAGCGUCAUGCCGGACGUGCGCGCUCACUACAACCCGGAUGCCGUGGUGAUGCAGCUGGGCGCCGACACCAUGGCGGGAGACCCCAUGUGCUCCUUUAACAUGACGCCGCUGGGGGUGGCCAAGUGUCUGCAGUACGUGCUGCAGUGGCGCCUGCCGACGCUGCUGCUGGGAGGAGGGGGUUACAACCUGGCUAACACGGCCCGCUGCUGGACCUACCUGACGGCAGUUAUUUUGGGCAAGACCCUCACCUCGGAAAUACCGGACCACGAGUUUUUUACGGAGUACGGGCCCGACUAUUCGCUCGAGAUCAGUCCGAGCUGUCGCCCCGACCGCAAUGACGCCAAACACCUGGGGGAGGUCGUCGCCACCAUCAAAAGGAAUCUGAAGAAUGUGGUUUAGGAGCCAUCCACACUCCCCAAUGAAGACAAUAUGGAUGGCAGGCCUUCAGCACUGCAGCCCUGCGGGAUUCAGAAGCAUUUUAGGGCACGUUGGCGGGCUGCUUCGAGGGGCUUGAAGGACUGAAAGAGGUUUUGUGCUUGUUGUACAAUGUUCGCAUGUUCGGAUGUUUUUGGGGAUCUAAAUUGGUGCAUUUGACUGACAAGUGUUCUGCUGAUCCCCUGGGAAAAAAAAAAAAAACAACAAAAAAAAGUUUAGAA